UGUGCUAGGCGCCGGCCCGGCUGGGUCUGCAGCCCUCCCUCCGACCCCCCCUUCCCCUUCGGCGGUCCCGGAGCCCCCCCUCUCCCAAGUCUUCUUGAGGCUCAUUCCCGGCUGCACCGCGCCUUGCUUUUGGGGCGCUGGUGUUUUGGCAUCUGUCUUUGAAGCUCUUUGUGGGAAGAGCCUGGGGGGCGCGCCCCCUCCAAUCGGCCAGAGGCUUUUCCAGAAGCCCACCUGGUUCUGCUGGGUGCAGCCCGCUCCAUUUCCCCGGAGCCCCUCUCCACAUUUCCUGGGAAGGGAGAGCAUCAGUGCGUUCCCCGGACUCAGCCCGGGAGGGCCGCGCCCCCUACUGCCGGCUCAGGAAUGGGGGUGUGGGGCGCAGCGACCCCGACCCUCGGCUGGAAUCCGUGAGGAUCAGCCGUCCAGCAUGCUCUGCUCACCGCAUCCCGAGGGGCACUGACCAUGAGCCUCAACUCCUCCCUCGACUACAGGAAGGAGCUGAGCAACCUCACUGCAGCGGAGGAGGGUGGUGAAGGGGGUGUGGUCGCCGAGUUCAUCGCCAUCAUCAUCAUCACCGUGUUCGUCUGCCUGGGCAACUUAGUCAUUGUCGUCACUUUGUACAAGAAGUCCUACCUCCUGACCCUCAGCAACAAGUUCGUCUUCAGCCUGACCCUGUCCAACUUCCUGCUGUCCGUGCUGGUGCUGCCGUUCGUGGUGACUAGCUCCAUCCGGAGGGAAUGGAUCUUUGGCGUGGUCUGGUGCAACUUCUCGGCUCUUCUCUACCUGCUGAUCAGCUCGGCCAGCAUGCUCACUCUCGGGGUCAUUGCCAUCGACCGCUACUAUGCUGUCCUGUAUCCAAUGGUGUACCCCAUGAAGAUCACAGGGAACCGAGCCGUGAUGGCUCUGGUCUACAUCUGGCUUCACUCUCUCAUUGGCUGCCUGCCACCGCUCUUUGGGUGGUCAUCGGUGGAGUUCGAUGAGUUCAAGUGGAUGUGCGUGGCUGCGUGGCACCGGGAGCCUGGCUACACCGUCUUCUGGCAGAUCUGGUGCGCCCUGUUCCCCUUCCUCAUCAUGCUAGUGUGCUAUGGCUUCAUCUUCCGUGUGGCCAGGGUCAAGGCCCGAAAAGUGCACUGUGGCUCGGUGGUCAUUGUGGAGGAGGAUACGCAGAGGGGUGGGAGGAAGAAUUCCAGUACCUCCACUUCCUCCUCGGGCAGCAGGAGGAACGCUUUUCAAGGCGUGGUCUACUCCGCUAACCAGUGCAAAGCCCUCAUCACCAUUCUGGUGGUCCUGGGAGCCUUCAUGCUCACCUGGGGCCCCUACAUGGUUGUCAUUACCUCAGAGGCACUCUGGGGAAAGAACUAUGUUUCCCCAGCCCUGGAGACUUGGGCCACAUGGCUGUCCUUCACCAGUGCCAUCUGCCACCCUCUCAUCUAUGGGCUCUGGAACAAGACGGUGCGCAAAGAGCUCCUGGGCAUGUGCUUUGGGGACCGUUACUACCGGGAGCCAUUUGUGCAGCGACAGAGGACCUCCAGGCUCUUCAGCAUUUCCAACAGGAUCACAGACUUGGGCCUGUCCCCACACCUCACGGCUCUCAUGGCAGGCGGACAGUCCCUGGGCCACAGCAGCAGCACCGGUGAUACCGGCUUCAGCUACUCCCAGGAUUCAGGGACGGAUGUGAUGCUGCUGGAAGACCACGCGUCUGACGACAACCCUGCCCCCCACUGCACCUGCCCACCCAAGAGAAGGAGCUCCGUGACAUUUGAGGAUGAAGUAGAACAGAUCAAAGAGGCGGCCAAGAACUCUAUUCUUCAUGUGAAGGCUGAAGUUCACAAAUCCUUGGACAGUUAUGCAGCCAGCUUGGCUAAAGCCAUUGAAGCUGAAGCCAAAAUCAACUUAUUUGGGGAGGACGCUUUGCCAGGGGUCUUGUUCACAGCACGGACUGUCCCAGGGGCUAGCUUUGGGGGGCGUCGAGGCAGCAGGACUCUUUUGAAUCAGAGGCUACAGCUACAGAGCAUUGAGGAAGGGGACAUCUUAGCUGCAGAACAGAGAUGAAGGCCUCAGUGGGGGCUACUGGUACUGGUGUCUGUGCCAAGGUCCUGGAAGACGUCACCCCUCAUAGAGGGCCAGAUGCCGGGAAGGAAACAUUGGGUAUGCAGCCAGGAGGACUGAAAACCCCGACCUCAGUGUCUGCUGUGAAGGCACAUGUGGGCUGCAUCAGGAAUCAGGGUCCCUGGGCUGGAACGAGGCUUCCAAAGCACACUGGGAAGAGACGGAGAUGUGGCUGCAGUUUUGGGAGGACUGGAGGCGAUGGGUUUAAAGGGAAGCCCCAUGUGGAUUAUGUCUUCACCACUGUCCUACUGGUCUAACUGCUCAUGGUCUCAGUGGUAGUCCCUACUCAGUGCACCUCACGGCAUACAAGACCAUCUGGGGUUCUCUGUGGUUGAUCCAGGCAGCAUGGGGCCACAUAUACUAGACUAAAUACAAAAUAGUCCAGAGAGACACCCAGAGUAGAGCACCUUAUACAGACACCCUAUAUCUACCACCCUAGUUAGGAUUUGGUCUUUGGUAGCACCUGCUGCUGGCCUGUAGGAGCGGCCCACAGGCCACCCAAGAUGGAGCCACCCCACCCACCUCUUUGUUGGCAGAUGUUUUAGUAUUUGAAAAGAAGGGAGAAACCACUAUAAAAGGCAAGGGUGAGUACCAGGCAUUUCAUUUCCAAAAUUAAAAACCCAGGAGAUAGGGCACACUCCUAUCACCUGGGCUGUGAUGUCACAUACAGUGGGGAAGAAUCUGGGGGGAAAAUCUCUCACACAGGAGAUGUGGAAGAUGCUUGACAAACAUGGUUGGCUUCAAUUCCCAGGAGCAAUUGUGACUGUCACUGCAUCUUUGGGGCAGGCACAAGGUAGAAACCGGAGUUGAGUUCACAGCCUGGGUUCUUGGCCCAGCUUGGUCUUUGUCUGUGUAUCAUCUGGAACAUCCUGUCCUGUCACUGGGCCAUUUGGAGACAUGGAAGAGAGGAGGGAGGAGCUGGAACAAAUAAUCUCCAAGAUAAUUUCCAGCUCUGAUCUUUGAUGUCUUCUGAAUUUGUAAUUUAAGAGAUGGGAACAAACUGAACAUGACCAGUGGAUGAACCAGCAUUUGUAGACUUUUGAGUGUGUCCGCAGUGAACACACACGGAGCUACAUGCACACUCUAGCCUCGUAUCUUUGCACUGCUUGGCUGUUUAGGGCAGUCCUAAAUGCCGACUACUGAGACACGGGUCUGGAGAGGGUGAGGCAGCUGAGGCCACGGUGGGGGAGGGGGUGGGAUUCCGUGGCUUGGAUCCCCAACCCUUGCUCCUUGAGCUGGAACUUGAAGUUUGGGCUUUGAGUCCUUGUCGUGGUCAUCGAGAAGACAGCCUUCCUGCUUCUCUUAAGUCUGGGUGCUGAGAUGAGCUAAGGUCAGGGAUCUAUCUCCAUUUCACAAAACAAAAGAAGACCCCAAGAUCUUUCCGUAUCUGUCAACAGGCAAACACUCCAGAGUGAAUUAAUUUUCAAGUGUUUUCCGUGGGCUGCCUGGCCUGUGGUGUGGCAGCAUCUUUUUCCUAUAGUUCCUGGUCUGCAGCCCCCGAAGACAUUUCAUGAGACUUGGCGUUUGCCUUUGUGUGAUUGAUUUUGUCAACACCACCCACUCCAGGACAGCUGUGCAGGGGAUUGGCAGGAUUUGGGGUGGAGAGGCAGGGGAUAGAGUAGAGGACAGGCAUUGCUCUCGCUCCUGGCAGCAUUUCUGUGCUCUUUCUAUUCUGUUCUCUUUUUCUAGUACUUGUCCAGUGUCUGGGGAGACCACAUCCCUAAUUAAUCAGUAUAUAUAGAAGCAGAAGAUGGCAGAGGCCUUGCCCUCUAGGUAUGGGUUGCAAUACCCCCUAGGUAUGUUAGUGCAGUAGAUUGCCUUAAGACUCAAAGGGGGGAGAGCUCUUUCUUGAUUGCCCUGGGCCAGGCUUUAUGGGAAGGAUGCUGAGGCCUCCGAGUCCUACUGGCUGACCCCCAAUUCAUUGGCAUACGAGAAGAGAUCGUUCAAACCGACCUAGAAAAUGGAAAUUUUACUGUUUUUAACGGAAACCCACGCCUUUUAAAGGAGCGAGGCCUACCCAUCUCCCCAACACUGCAGGCUGUAAAGCACCUCACCAAGCUUGGGGCAGUAACACCAGUGUUUACCACUUCAGAGAGGGGCUGCUUCUGUGGAUGCAGAGCAUCAGGUCGUCAUGGCAGAACUCUGGCUCCAGAGGGUCUGAGUUAUUCUAACUAGGACCUUAGGGCUGGGCCAGUCGAGCAGGUGACAGUUUCCAUUGAGCCUAGGAUGUGUAGGAGUCAGAGCUAUAGUUUCGCAUAUUCAGGGGUUCUGAUUUGCCCAACUGAGCUAGAGAGAAGUGAGCUGGGGAGAGAGAGAGAGGUAGUCCCACACAUUCUCUUUCGUCCUCUGUGGAGGACACCUGCCUUUGUGUAGAAGCCCACCAUCCCAGCCAAACGCAGCUGUGUUAGCUGCAAACUUCUGUGCAGUGGCAGGCCCUUCCCAGGGGACUCAUGGGUAUGGACAGGUGGGACAUUCGGAUACUUGUUUACUUAAAUACCUCAGUUUUGAUUCUGACAGGACCACUGUAGGGCCAUGGCCUAUCUCUGCUGCUGCUUUACGAAGAUUUUCCCCUUGACUUGGUUCCUGUGCUGUGUUCCAAAUGCCAGCUGUGGGGCCUUUUGCAUCCCAGGAGGCACUGGGUCCCGCACUGCAGUGUAUACAGCUCAGCACCUGGUUCUUCCCCUGGCCAGAGAACUCAAACUGGAGUUCAAAAUCUUAGACACUAGAUGGCAGCAGCAUGGCGGUGGCGAGAAAAAAAAAACCAAAAAAACAAAAAGCAGGUAGCUUUGCUCCUCUGAGGCCUGCCUGACUACAAAUCCCUGACCUUGACAAUGGAUCCUUCUUUGUGUGACGGCUGUUGGGGCUCACAGGAACUACCUGCACAGAGCUGUGUGAUCUUAAGCAAACCACUACUCCUGGGACAGGCAGGGCGGUAAAGACAGUGGCCCAUUGGUGCUAAUGUUCUUAGAGUCUCAUUUGUGUAAUGGAUUUCAUCUUUCAGCCAAGAAUAAAACCAUCACCACCAAGACAACUCAGCAUCUGCAAUAAAGCACUGUAGAUUGGGUCUAGACAA